AAGAUUCUCCCCCCCCCUCCACUGACACACACACCACACACACACACACACAGUGAAUCAGAACAGAGGCUACCACAACACACAGAAGCCCCCAUGGCACCGGGUUCCCUUGUGGAUUCUCUCCGUUUCCUCCUAUUCUUUGAGAGGAAGUCCCAGAAAUAACUAGUCCUGUACACUCACAUACUUUCUCAGCUCCCACAGCAAGGGAAGAGGCUACCCAGACCAGACCAGACAAACUCACACACACACACACAGCCAGGCUCCCUGCACUGACACACCAGCAGAAUGACUGCUCUGAAAAUCACUGCUCUCCUGUUACUGAUCUACCUCACCAUCUCACCAGCUCAGACAAGCACUAAUACCACUGCUGCAGAGAAACCUGGGACAAAUACGAACACUUCAAUGGGUAAUCCAAUUGUUCAGCAACUGCCUUUGGUUGAAACCACAUCCAUAACAAAAACCGCCAAUGGUUCCAUCCCGAAGUUGAAUUCUUCUGUCACACCAUCUUUCGGCAAUUCAUCAUCUGUGAGACCAACUUCUGUCACACCAACAGCAGAGAAUAUAAACUCCACGAUGAAAGUAACAACAGUUGACAUAAGUGUUUCCACCCAGAAAAUGAACUCUUUCGACACACCAUCUUCCGACCCACCAUCUACCGUCAGUCUGUCUUCUGUCACAGUAUCGGUCUGGAGCACUGACUUCACAAUGAACGUAACUACAGAUGUUUCUUCGCCAGUGUUCAACACGACCAGGAUGACUAUUCGUGCCAAACAGCCAAUGAGCUCUUUGCAAAUACCGGCCUUUGCUGUCAUUAGCCUCAUCCUUAUUCUCGUCAUCGUGGUGGUGGUUCUGGUCAUUUCGAUGAUUCUGAGGAUUAAAUGUCGGGCAUGUCAGGAAUCGUCACAAGAUUCAAGUAAGUCAAGGAGUGCAGGAAUCUCAGAAAGUCCCCAGGUUAACGGGAAGAAGGACAGAGUCACUCUCGUCUCCAUGAAGGUUCUGAGCCCCGAAGUCGAAACCUUGGGGUGUGCAUCUCUCCAGAACAAUUUUGACCAGACCAGCGGGGAACAGAUGAACAGUUUGUUGAAAGGGUCCCCUGGAAGUCAACGCUCUGGAUAUUUCUCACUGCCUGGAAGAGUGAGUUGAGAGGGGAAACUCACUGCGUGACAAUCCAAACGUCCAGUCUGCUUAUUUGUCUUUUGAUUCUAGAAACCAGUGUCUCUCAAACCCACUACUGAAAGACUCCUCUCUCCCUCUGUCUUGACCCUCUCUCUGUCUGUCUUUAAAUCCUCCCUUAAAACCCACCUCUUCGCUCACACUCACGGUCACCAUCUCCCUUCCUCGCUCUCCCCCUCUCGCUUGCUCCAUGACUACCCCCCAUCACUGUAAAGCGCACUGAGACCCAAUGUGACUCAAAGUUAGUUCCCCAGUGUGAAGGCAACUAUUAUAAAUGCAAGUUGCUGUACAGUACAUCAUUUGCUAAGAAUUGAACGGUUUCUCAGAAAGCUUCAGUGCUUUGGUUACUUGAGCCCUGAGCAAGCUACUUCACCACUUGAUGAUUUACCGGGUGAAGCCAAUAAACAAUGCUGACCCGAGAGUCAUGGGUUCACGUGCCCAUACGGACUGAGUUAGUUGAACACAAGCAACUGCCCUCAGAACACCCACGCAGUAGAAUGUGGACUUUAAACAUGGCACGUCUUGAUGUUCAUCUGUGAACAGUUGAGUGUUAGCCGACAAAACACCCGCUUACCGCACUUUACAUUAUCUCCUGUGAAGCCCUUUGGGACCUCCUCCAGAUCUGAAAGGCGCUCUUUAUGGAGUCCCUUAGGGUAGUGGUCCGCACACUCGCCUCGCAAGCAAAAGGACCCGGGUUCAAUUCCCAGGCCG